AUGGGCGAUUCAGAUGAUAAGGCGCCAGGGCCGCCAGCAUGGCAACAAGCCGACGUUGCGCAGAAGCCAAUCCCCCCAGCCGACGAGGGCAAGCCCACCAUCGAGCAUGCAAGGAAAUUCCUGGAGGAUGACUCUGUCCGAGAAGCCAGUCGCGAGAAGAAGGUUGAGUUCCUGAAGAGCAAGGGCUUCAGCGACGAUGUCAUCGAACAGCUCCUAGAGGAAGAGAGCAUAUCAACGCCGGCGCAAGCGCAAUCGUUAGCAGAACCUGCGAGAGACGAGAGCUCACUGCCCUCGCCAUCGGCGCCCAUAGUCUCCGAUCAGAAGACAGACCAUGCGCCGAUUGUCACAUACCCCGAGUUUCUCACCAAGCCAAACAAGCCUCCGCCGCUAAUCACCGCGAAUGGUCUCUUCAACGUUCUCUACGCUGUGACAGGCCUGUCGACCCUGGUCUACGGCACCACCAAAUAUGUCGUCAGUCCGAUGGUCGACUCUCUGACAGAAGCGCGCAUCGACUUCCACGAGAAUGCGCUACAGAAUCUAAAGAAGCUUAAUGAGAAGCUCGAGAGCACGGUGUCAGAGAUCCCUGUCACGAAGAAGGCAGAGGUCCAUGCCUUCGAGGACGACACCUCUAGCAGCUAUGACGAUCCGACGGAGCUCUUCCACCGCGAUAUCGGCGUUCAGACAUCUCUGCCUCCCACACCUACCGACACCGAACCGCAAACACCCGCGGCGCAGUCCACCGUGGUGAAGCAAGCCUCGCGGAUCGCGGAGCUGACGGCUUCCAUCCGGUCCAUCAAUGAGGAUCUGACGUCUGAGGCGGAGGAUUUCUCAAAUAUCAAGACCAUUCUAGACACAUUCAACGAGGACCUCGACAAGCUAACAUAUCCAUGGCAACCGUCUACGGAUUUCGUCGGGAGCUACUCAUAUUAUGGGGCGUCGAGGGGCAACGAGCCGGAUGAUGAGAUCAAGAAGGCAAAGGAGAAUAUUCGAAGGCUGAAGGGUGUGUUUCUGAGCGCAAGAAGCUUCCCCGGGUCGGCACGAUAA